AUGUCUAAUAACGAGUCGAAAACUUCUGUUGACGCAGGCGAGGUCGAAAACGGUCACACCUACAAUGGCUCGGGCACCGAGAAUGACCCAUUCCUGGUGGAGUUCCAAAAAGAUGACCCCAGCAAUCUGAUGAACUGGGGUGAGUCCCGCAAAUGGUCCAUUGCAGCCAUUGCAACCUUUUCGGUCUUCGCCGUGACCUUUACUUCCUCCGCAUACUCGGUGUCGGCAAAUGAAGUCGUCCAGGACUUUGACAUCAGCACCGAGGUCUUCAUUGCCGGGCUAUCUCUCUUUGUGCUGGGAUUUGCUAUCGGUCCUGCCGUAUGGGGUCCCUUGAAUCCGGUAGCUAACAUUGGCUCAAGAUCGGAACUAUACGGAAGGCAGAUUCUCUGGAUUAUCACUCAUAUAGCCAUGGUCGCCUUUCUGGGAGGAUCUGCAGGCAGCCAAAACGUGGCUACUCUCCUCAUCCUGAGAUUUUUUGCCGGCACAUUUGGCGGCUCGCCACUCGUCAACUCUGGCGGAACAAUUGCCGAUCUCUUCCCGCCUGCUCAGCGUGGCCUGGCAUUGACCAUCUACUGUGUUGCACCCUUCCUCGGUCCUAUUUUGGGCCCAAUCGUGGGCGGUUUUGUGUCUGAGAACAUCAGAUGGAGAUGGGUCCAGGGUGUCUGCGUGAUAUUCAUUGGCGUAAUCGGCAUUUUGGGCAUCGUCUUCAUUCCUGAGACAUAUGGCCCGGUGCUGCUUCAACGGCGGGCAUGUCAGCUCGCCAAGGCUGAUGGCAAGGUCUAUGUGAGCGUUUUGGAAAAGAACCAAGGCAAGAAGAAGCCGUCAGAAGUCUUCAAGCGUGCCUUGUUCCGUCCCUGGAUCUUCCUCUUCUCCGAGCCCAUCGUCUUGGUAGCAUCACUAUAUAUGGCUAUUAUAUACGGCACGGUCUACAUGUUCAUGGGCGCCAUGCCUAUCGUGUACAAUGAAGACCGCAGUUGGAGCGAGGGCAUCGGCGGACUGUCGUUCUUGGGAAUUGCUGUUGGCAUCAUCUUUGGACUGGUCUACGCCAUCUGGGACAACAACAGCCGCUACAUGAAGCUUUUCGCGGCAAAAUCCGCAACGGCCGAGUCCCGCCUGCCACCUGCGAUUGUUGGAGGUAUCGCCCUUCCUAUCGGCAUGUUCGCCUUUGCCUGGACCAACUACCCCAGCAUCCACUGGUCUGUCAGUAUUAUCCUGUCUGCACCGUUUGGAUUUGGCUGUGUACUCGUCAUCCUGCCCAUCAUGAACUACUUGAUCGACACUUAUACCAUCUAUGCCGCUUCUGUCCUGGCUGCAGCUGCCAUCUUCCGCUCGGUUGUGGGCGCUGUGUUUCCCCUAUUCACGACACAGAUGUACCACAAUCUGGGAAUUCACUGGGCGUCCUCUAUCCCGGCAUUCAUGACUCUCGCGUGCAUGCCAUUCCCGUUGGUCAUGUAUCGCUAUGGUGCCGCGGUCCGAAUGAAAUGUAAGUACUCAUUCGAAGCGGCAGAGAUGAUGAGGAAGAUGCAACUGCAGCAAACAGCUACUACUGCGGAGAAGGACAACGACGGAGCGUGA